GUUGUAGUUUAUAUUUUAAAAAUUCAUUUCGGCAUUCCUGAGUCUAUCCAUGAUGCGGUAAUUCUUUCUAUAAAUUGGGCUUCUAUUCGAAGCACAUGGUCACAUAUCUGAAGCAGAGGAAGCAGCAGGGGUGGUUAAACUAUGGACGAUUUCAGUACCCCUCAGUUCGCUGUUUGUCUGGAGACUGCAAGUUUUCUUGCUUCCUCUGGAAACCCUACACCAGACUUGGAAUGAGAUCUGUAGUGUGCAUAAAGAAAACAGAGAUCCUUUUCUUCUGAAGAAACAUGAAGGUGUGGCGUAUUUGUGUGUUUCUUCACUUUAUAUGGAAGUCAGAGAUGGAAAAUAUGAUGAGUGCAAUAUCCAGAACGCAGACACAGUCUCAUCUCCCAGCCUCAAGGGUGAUGAUGAUCAGCCGGCCCUUGUUCAUAAAGGGGCUUUCAACCGGUUUCAAUAUAUUCUGGAGAAUACAGAUCUCGAUACCCAGGUGCAGGCUUUACGGGAACAAGCCAUUAUAUUUGGGGGGCAUUCCAUAGGAGGUGCAGUUGCAACCCUAGCCACUCUUUUCUUUUUGGGAAAGGGUUUGAGAAACACACCUCCUUCUUGCAUUACAUUUGGCUCUCCUUUAGUGGGAGAUGCUAGACUUGGGCAGGCGAUUGCUCGCCAGGAUUGGUCUGGAAAAUUUUGUCAUGUGGUAUCAGUUGCCGAGCCUCUCAAUACAAUUGUGCCUCACUGGGGGCCUGGAUCGGAUCUUCCGAUUCAAGAGGCUUCCAGGACUCUUGUUAACAAUGGCCUACAGUACACAGGUUCUCCCAGUAUUCUGUAUAGACCCUCUGGUACUUAUAUGUUCUGUUCAAUGAACCGUGCAGCUUGUUUUGAUGACUCUGAAGCUAUCCUGAAGAUACUACAUUGCACUCUGCAAAGCAACCAAGGAUUGUCUUUUGAUCAAAUUGUAGAUGCCUGUAUUUCAGAGCAUACAGGCUAUGGCAAGUUGUUGAAAGAUAUCACUGAAAACUUACAGAAUUCAUGGCAAAUUGCAAACUUUGUCCCAGACUCCUUUGAGAUGGGAAUAGCACUGGCAUUGGAAGCAAUUGGCGUUGGGGCUCAGAAAAGCCAGAGAGAUGAAAAACGAGCAAGACACCAACAUUGAUAAACUGAAUUUUGAGUUGAGCCUAAGUCAAAGCAAUAUGGCACAGCUUGAAUGGUACAAAUCUACUUGUAAGGCCCCUG